AUGAGUUCAAGAGAGGACGUCAGUCACGUUUCAGAGAUCUACAGUCUUAGAAAUGAAGCUGAGGAACAUCAAACGCAUGGUUUUACAAGUUUAGAAGACAACAACAUCCAGUCGUGCAUCAGCAACAGGUCAGAUGUGUCAUUCCCUUCAAGUGAGAGAGAGAAGAAAUCUACAGCUUGCUGCCUCAGAAAACAUCACAGGAAACACCGAACAGAGAUUAAAGACACGAGGAAAACGAGGGGGACGUGUAGACAAGACAGAGCAAGAACAAGAAGAAAUGCUCCAUUACUUUCUGACCAGAAGACCAGCGGCUCCUCGAGAUGCUCCAAACCAAGCACUGAAGAUCAAGACAAGUUCUCCUCGACACCAGAGCGACUAUCCCGACCUCAGCAGGUCACUCCAGAUCUCCAUCUGUGGGAUUGUCCUCAAGAUGUUUCCCGUCUACGCCUUCAAAAGCUGGAGGUCGACUUCCCUUCGACCUUUGAGUCUCACAGUUUGAUAUCUGACGGUGUGGAACCAAACUUUGACUCUGAGUUUGCAUAUAUCUAUGCUGAGAGCAUCAAGGGAUGUGACUCUACUUGUUGCACGACUCCAGGAGACUGUAAUACCCACAAUCCUCUUGUCAAAACUGAUACAAGCCCUGAAAGAGACCCUGAAUCUGUCUGGAACAGCUUUGAGGAAGAAUCGGAAGACUCCGAUUGUGAUUUAUAUAUGUUUGCUUGCAGUAUAGCAGCUACUGCAGGUUCCAGGUUGAACGCUGACCGCUUUGGGUCUUUACUAGAUGAUUUCGACUCGACUUGUAUUUAUACAGACUGGGAAAGGACAGAAACCGAGCAGGGUUACAGUCCAGCCGAAGCGGAGUGGUCCUCUGAGAGUUCGUGUUCCACCGCCGACCGUGACUCUUACUGUACCACAGACAGACAAACCAGCAGCUCAGAUUCAGACAGCUGCCGUCUAGAGGCUCUCGGUGACAUCAAAUGUCCUGAAGUGUUUUUGCCGGGAUUUGAAGGUCGCUUUGACUGCUGUGAUGCAGCUGAAGACGUCUGCAGAGACACAGAGAGCGAUCCUGAGUCUUUUUGCUCCAGACGGGAUACAGCUGAACUGUGCGGUGUUGAGACUCAAAUGGACCGACGGCAUUUCUCUGAGUUUUUCUGUGAGAUGAUUAAAGAAGUGACGCAGCAGAAAAUGAAUGUAAACGAGGGGUUUCUGUUCCACCCUAAGCAGUUCCUCCAGGUGAAGAACUCUGAAUAUCGAGAGGGUCGUGAAUAUUCAUUUCUCUGUCACAUUCAAAAUGGCUCAUAUGGAGACGUCUUAAGCAUUCGGGACAAACAAACAGGAUUUACAUGUGCCGCCAAAAAGAUUCCCCUUUGUAGUUUUAGGUGGGAGGAAGUGGAAACAUGGAGUAGGAUGGAGUCUCCUCGUGUCCUCCAGCUGUAUGGGGCCGUGAGAGAGGGGUCCAAUGUGAUUCUCUUCAUGGACCUGAAAACAGGUUCUUUAGCUCAGCUGCUGAGAGCGAAGGGUCGUCUGUCUGAAGAACUGGCUCUGUAUUAUCAUUCUCAGGUCCUGCAGGCUCUCCAACACCUGCACGGCAGACGCGUCGUACACCUGGAUGUCAAAGUUGACAACGUGUUGCUGUCUGAGGAUGGCAGACAGUGUUUUCUGUGUGAUUUUGGACUCUCUGAGACACUCAAUCAGGGUGGAUACAGCACCAAAACCUUCAGAGGGAACAUUCUGCGUGGCACAGAGUCUCAUAUGCCGCCGGAGGUGGCGAGGGGUGAUCCUCGCUCUGCUAAAGCUGACAUCUGGAGCAGCUGCUGUAUGUUACUGCACAUGCUCAACGGACACCAGCCCUGGACGCGAUACUACCCUCAUCCACUCUAUCUGAAGAUUGUGAGUGAGCCGCCUCCUUUAUGGGAGAUUCCACCUGACUGUGACCCGCUGACCUGUGACGUCAUCAAAGGGGGACUGGUUAAGGAGCCGAGAGAGAGACAUUCGGCAUCAGAACUGCUGCAAAAGACUGUGAAAGCACUCAGAACAGUAUGUGGGCGCUCUGGUUCUGAGGAACCAUCUAAACAAUAUUCAGCACCUGUACUCGAGGACUGUCCGAAUUUGAACUUGCAUGAGACACCUGUCCUAUCCAUCGUGGAAACUCCAGUGAAAACGAGUCCUCCUAGUUUCCCAGAAGACCGCUCAGCACCUACAAUUCACUGGGUGAGCACAUGGAGACAGACGGCACCAAACGAGGAUGAUUCUGACUCCACGACGGAGGAGAGCGAGUGGGAUGAAGAUGCAGAUAUCAACAAAUUAAAAAGAGACAAGAUGAGCAGCUGGAUGGACAGAUACUGGGGUGAGGAGGAAAAUAAUAAGAAACAAAUCUAUUCAGAAGAUGACAGAGAGCUCGAAUCUGAUGAAGACACAUCACAGAUCAAUGAAAAUCUCAAAGCAACAGAUCAAACAGAUGCUGAAGAAAGCAAAACCGAUUAUUUCACUGAAAAAAGAGUUGUGUUUGGGGGAUGCGGUGAAUGUGACAGAAGUCUUUUAGAGGAAUCAGAGAGCUGGGAUGGAGAGAUCCGAAGCGUUGUGGAUGAUGAGGAGGUGGAGAGUGAUUUGGAGAGUCUUCGAGAGCUUGGCAGCGAUUGGGCGCAGGAGUGGGAACCGUUUCUACAGCUCCAGACACUUUAUCAUCCGAAAGAAGCUCAACUGCAGAGCGAAGACAGCUAUUCGGAGUCUGAAGAAGAGUCAGUCAUGCUGAGGAAGAGUGAACAAAAAGGCACAAGUUUACCUGAUUCUCAUGGACCG